UCGAUCUGCGCAGGCGCACACAGUCUGCUCAGACGGACGUUGGACAAAGUUGUGUGAGCAAGUGUGUGUUGUGUGUGUGGUUGUGUGUCCGCGGAGCAACAUGUGGCUGACAUUGUGGGUGCUAAUGGCGUGGUGCGGGUGGCGCUGUGAUGUCAUCAGGGCCUACGUCUUCCAGGCCAGCCGACCUGCGGAGGGCGGCGAGGCCCCGCCCCCGCACGCCAAAGUGGUGUCCCAGUGGGUCAGCUCAGCGGGGUCCUGCAAGGGGCGGUGCUUUGAGCUGGAGGAGGCGGAGCCACCAGGUUGUCGCUGUGACAAUUUGUGUAAGACCUACUACAGCUGCUGCUCCGACUUUGACCACCACUGUCUAAAAACAGCGGGCGGGUUCGAGUGCCGUCAGGAGCGUUGUGGCGAGGGGAGGAGGGAGGAGCACGCCUGCCACUGUGACCAGGACUGCCUGGAGCGAGGCGACUGCUGCUCCAACUACAAGUCGGCGUGCAAAGGUGAGGAGGCGUGGCUUCAAGGAGACUGCGAGGACAUCGGCAGCGCCGAGUGUCCCGCUGGCGCUCUGGCCCCCGCAGCUUCGUCCGCCCCCCCUCUCAUCAUGCUGUCCGUGGACGGCUUCCGGGCGUCUUACCUGAAGAAGGGCGCCUCCGUCAUCCCCAACAUCCACAAACUCAGGACGUGCGGGACGUCGGCGCCCUACAUGCGCCCCGUGUACCCCACCAAGACCUUCCCCAACUUGUACACCCUGGCCACGGGCCUCUACCCCGAGUCCCACGGCAUUGUGGGUAACACCAUGCACGACCCCGUCUUCAACGCCACCUUCAGCCUGCGCACCCGGGAGAAGCUCAACCACCGCUGGUGGGGGGGGCAGCCGAUCUGGAUCACGGCCGAGGAGCAAGGCGUCAAGGCCGGAACUUUCUUCUGGCCCUGGGUCAUCCCGCUGGAGCGCCGCAUCCUCACCAUCCUGCACUGGCUGCACCUGCCCGACCAACACAGACCUUACGUCUACGCCGUGCACUCCGAGCAGCCCGACACCUUCGGACACCGCCUGGGACCCCUCAGCAGCGAGCUGGACAACCCCCUGAGAGAGAUAGACAACAUCAUCGGUCAGCUGAUGAACGGAUUGAAGCAAAUGAAUCUUCAUCGAUGUGUCAACGUCAUCGUCGUGGGCGACCAUGGUGAGUGA